UUACGUAUGGAGUGCGGAAAAAUAGUGAAGGAAUGCCUCUUCAAAGGACCAGAACUGCCUUGCUGCGAAAAUUUUAAACCUUUGAUGACUGAAGUGGGCCCUUGCCUCGCCUUUAACGCCAAGCACGCGUGGCCACAGUUACCAUGUUUCGUGCUCAGGAAAGAAGAUUUCCUACUGGAAGAGAUCUUAGAAACCGACGAAACUCUGUCACUCUCUUUACUUUUCUUCGGACUCACCAAAAAUUACAGCGCCGAAGAACAAUACAUAAAGGUGUACCUGCUGAGCAACGACGAGGUGCCGUCGGUGGACGCCCAGCCGCAGGCGCUGUACGACUACCGCAUCUCGCAUCUGUUCUUCUCGGAGAAGCACACGUACACGACGCCCGACACGCGCCAGCUGUCCCUGCGGCAGCGGCGCUGCGCCUUCGCCGACGAGAUCAGGCUCAAGGUGGACUCCAAGUACACCUUCAACUUCUGCAUGAUCCAGUGCCGCAUGCAGCUGUCGCGCUCGCUGUGUGGCUGCGUCGCGCCCCUCUACCCGCCCACCGAGGGGUUCCGCGUGUGCGGGGCGCAGGAGCUGCAGUGCCUGGCGGCCGUCGCCGGCGAGCUGCGCACCACGCUGGACUGCGCCUGCGAUCUGGGCUGCGACCACACCAUCUACGAGAUCGAGCGCCUGCAGGAAGUGCAGCAGUGCGUGAGGCACCAACUUCUUGCAUUCAGCGACCGUAGAUUGUAA